UGCUUACGGCACGGCCAGGCAACAACAAAGCACUCGACACAAUAUCCAGCCGACCGACCGUGGCCCCUCUAUGGAAACGCUAGCUGGUCAGGUCAUCGGAUCAUACAUCGCAAACGAUCGCCCGCACCUGUACCCGCCGCCUCACAGUGCAAGAGAGGAGCACGUCAUUGCUCAGAGUCGCCCACGGGAUGAGCGAGCCGUCCACCAAGGGGCCUCGCAAGCGCCACUGCUGGGAGUGCCGCCACCGUUCUCUCGUCUGCGACUCGGCACGUCCUGGGUGUAGAAGAUGUGCUACCGCCGGCAUGGCCUGUCCAGGCUACAGUGGCGUCAAGCCCUCGCGGUACAAGUGGCUCGCUCCCGGAACAGUUGCGGCGCGCCCCUGGAAGCGGCAGCGUCAAGAAACAGCCCCGGCACCGACGGCCUCCGCGCGUAGGGACGCUCAACCGACCGGGGCCCGACAGAGUCCUGGGGCCCUGCCCCUGCACGUUCUCCCGAUAGAGUCGAUCAUGUUCGAGGCCGCACAAUACUUCAACACGCGUAUCUACACAGGACUGUUGCCUCUUACUGAGCUCAUCUCAAACCCCCACGUCUACCCAAUCUCGGACGCGAUGUUAGACCGUGCCCAGACACGACCGCAGUACUUGCAACUCGGCGUGGUCUGUAUGGCGCUUGGCCACUACAUGGCCCAGCUGGCAGACGCUUCAAAGCCUGCGGCUCUCAUCGAGCGCUUCUAUACAUAUCGCGGCAUGGCUAUCCGCGCUCUGAACAGCGCUCUUGAUCACGACCAAAAGGCCACACACGACAUACUUCUCAUCGGUGUCAUGAGUCACCUACUCUUGGAUGCACAACAAGGAUUACCAGUCACCUGGCGUUGGCACUUGCAGGGUCUCGAAAAGCUCAUGGCACUGCGCGGAGGCAUAGCCGAGAUUAGUCGUGCCCCGGGCCUUGAGCCAUUCCUCGUCAGUGUACUGUCCAUCGGGGUCAUUGGCAAUACGACCAGCCCAGCAUCGGACUUGACACUGGCAGACGUCCACAUGGACGCCAUAGACUAUAUAAUAGGCUGCACCGCUACUUCACCCUUUCACAUGUGUCCCCCGUCGUUGUUUGCCAACAUCGUUCGCAUCAACCACAUCCGCCAUCAGAUGACGUGUCUGAGCCCGAGCAGUCCUGCACAAACACUGUACCACGACGCUGGUGCAGUCUUAUCGCACAUAAUCGGCUUUGAUGUAGCCGCCUGGGUAUUUUCGAAGCCUGCGGCCAAAAAACCCCCUCUGUGGCAGCUCGUCGGCCGAUUCUUCAAGGGGGCUACAUGCCUGUACUGUAUCCUCUCGCUCCAGGAUCUGGUCGGGGUUCUCUCUAAGUCGCAACUAGUGCCAUUCAACACUCUCGACACGUUCGUGGAGCAACUAUCAGUCGAUCUGGCCGAGGCUGUCCAAAUCCCAGCCAUCAGGCAGUUCACGCUCUGGCCCCUUAUCGUCCUUGGUGUCGCCGCAGGCAACUGUCACCGUUCCAGCGACACAAACGCCGCGGUUACGGACGUUCGUGCCUUUGUCUCUGCACAGCUGGUCGGCUUGAGCCGUGAUGUGGGCACAUUCUCGCCGCUGGUGGCGAAGGGUGUGCUUGAGCGGUUCUGGAGUUCAGGAAAGAAUACGUGGGAUUCAUGCUUUGAUAAGCCAUACAUUUUCACGUCGCGGCUUGCCGUCGACACAAACGGUGUGCCGUGAGAACGGUUAGUCUGUCACCAGUCUGAACAAAGUCUCCGCCAGAUCUGUCCCUCUUGGGAUUCUAAAGGUAUUGGGUCUGCUACAGG